AGCCAUACUAGCCUUGUUGAAGUGUUUCAAUUGUUUGAAAUCGUUUUCGUGGCGAGCUCGUCAUUUCUGAGAAGGAAAUAACUUUUUGCCACGUAAUUCUUUUUCGUACGUCUCGAGCGAGUCAACCGGCGAGUCACACACGAGAGCCAGGUACUCAACAUCCAGAGAUUUUUGUAAAACCUAAAAGACAAGGAAUAUAAGCAAUUUACUCAAAGUAAAUUUUCAAAAUCCAAGAAUUACGUGCGAGGUGUUUGAAAGAGAUGGCGGAAUUGCAAUCACCGGAAUCACCGGACUCGUCCGAAUCAGAGGACUCUAAGGUGAAAUUGUGUCGUAAGGAUAUCGAGGCUCUUGUUGAGGAGCCUUAUUUUUCCAGAGGAGAAGAUUAUUUUAAUAAUGGAAUGGUGGAAAUUGGAUCUGUUGGCGAUUUUGAGGUUGAUGCAGAAGUUUUCGGCACUAAAAGAUAUCAAGUAAUACUAAGGCAUGAUGGCAAUUCUCUUGAUGGAGAAUGUUCUUGUCCGACAUUCAAAAGUCAUGGCCCGUGUAAGCACAUGGCUGCAACAGGCCUCGCUUUAGUCAAAUCUGAUCAAUGGGGAUACAUACCGUCCGAACGUCGCCGCGCCCGCAUUAACCAGAAAAAUUGCUUUAAAAAGUUACUACUCGGAAAGACAAAGCGGCAGCUUAUCGAGAUGAUGGUAAAUAAUAAAGGGAUGUUUGCUGAAUUGCGUAGAGAGUACAAGAGAUAUGGGAGAUUUCUUUAAUCUGUACAAUCGCGCAAUAUUUGACCGGUGAGAAUCUUUUAAACUGAACUGUACAAUUCAGCUAAAAAUGAUGGGUUUUAAAUGAAAUAGCAGAUAAGUUUUUGCAGCGAUCGCAUAAUCCUGAAUGUAAAUUAUGUUGAUUAUAUAGAUUAUAGUGUGUACCCCUUUCAGCCACAGAUUUAAAUGUAAGAAAAAGUAUAUGAUAUAAAUAAAAUAUGAAAGUUAUAUUUUAAUUUACAGCAUGCAUGUAAUAAAAAGGAUUAUGUAUGAGAUAAUAAAAUAAUUAUGGGAGAAAAUUAAUGAACGCACGUAGAUACACAAAUACUUUUAUUUACGUUAUGCCUGUCGCCAGAACGAUACGAAGAAGACAACGUUAGAACGCCCACACAUGCGCAGUUUGAUGCUCGCGACCAUUAUUUGUCUUGUUUUAACAUUUGACAAACGACAAGGAUAAAAUGAUUCCAAGAUCUCGAUUCCAUUUUUCUCUCGAAUUUCAUUGGGCUGCGCAUGUGCUAAGUAGCCUUGCUGAAGUGUUUCAAUUGUUUGAAAUCGUUCUCGUGGCGAGCUCGCCAAUUCAGCGAGAAAAAUAACUUGUUCCCACGUAAUUCUUUUUCGUACGUCUGUCUCGAGCGAGUCAACCGGCGACGAUCACGUACGAGAGCCAGGUAACCAACAUCCAGAGAUUUUUGCAAAACCUGGAAGACAAGGAAUAUAGGCAAUUUACACAAAUUAAAUUUUCAAAAUCUAAGAAUUACGUGCGAAGUGUUUGAAAGAGAUGGCGGAAUCACUGAAAUCACCGGACUUAUCCAAAUCAGGAAAGGCUAAGAUGAAAUUAAGUCGCCAAGAUAUCAAGAAUCUUGUCUCUGAGCCUGUUUUCGAUGAAGGAAAAUAUUACUUCAAUCACGGAAUGGUGUGCCUUAUAUCUGUAAACUAUUUUGUCGUUAAAUCUAAAGUUGUUGUUGACGGAGAAAUCUAUGAAGUAACACUAAAAAAUGACGGUUCUACUCCUUAUGGAAAGUGUUCUUGUGCAACCAAAAAUUGUGUGCACAUGGUUGCAACGGGCUUGGCUGUAAUUCAAGAUAAUCAAUCGGGAUACGAUUCGUCAGAAAACACCCUCUACCAUAUAGAGCAAAAAAGUUUUGAAAAGUCGCUAUACAAAAAGUCAAAGGAGGAGCUUAUUGAUAUGAUUUUAAAUAAUUCAGAGACUGUUGAAUCGUUGUGGGAAGAUUUUGGAUUAAUACAUCGAUAUAAUAAAGAUGAGGAAUAUUGUGCAUAUGAGUCAGACGAGGAAGACGAGGAAGAUGAGGAAGAUGAGGAAGAUGAUUAAAUUUAAUACUCUCUACAAUCCCAGAACUUGACCUGUCAUCCAUAAGUUUUUAAACUAAAUUCUAUAUAAUACUAAAAAAAAAUUUUUAACGAAACAGUAGAUGAUAAGUUUGCAGAUAAUCCUGAAUGUAAAUGUUAUGUUGAUUAUAUAGUAUGUACCUUUCACAGUCACAGAUUUAAAUAUAAGAAAAAUUAUACGAUAUAAAAUAAAAAAUUAUAUUUUAAUUUUA